GUCGUCCACGGGUUUGAGCACGGCUCAGAUCAGCGGCGCUGGAGGGAACUUGCUGCUCAACACGCUCUCCGUGCUCAGUCUCGUUCAGGACUGGAACCUCGAUCAGGCCAUGAUGAUCAUCCAAACCCUGCUGUCGUCUGGAGUUUACCAGAUAAAUAGUGUGGCCAGUCUGCAGAACUUGGGUUCGCUGAUCAUCGGUGUUCAAUCAUCAAUCUUCAACCUAAUCUCAGGAAAUAUCUUCCUUGAGGCAAUGAAAUCUGAACAGUUCGUGACCAACGUUGCCCGCGCACCUGUGAUCAUCCAGCAGACCAUCGUCAGCCAGAUCAUCGCUGUCAACAGCUCAUCUGAUGCCGUCAUCACAAACGUUCCUGACCUCAUGGCUACAGAAAUCCCGCGUGUCUUCCUGCUGGAUGUGCCGCAGUCAUCUUCGGCUGCGCAGACGGUCAACCGGAAGAAAUGGAAACACGAGCAGGCCGUUUUGAUCUUUGAAACCGUCACUGCGCAGUUCAGCAACCCAGAUGACAUUUCUUUCCAGGUGCUGCAGGGCUUCACCUGUUCACGAAUCCAGAGCUUCAGCACUAGUAAAGUCAUGAGUCUGAUCCGAGGCUGCAGACGGCGAGUCAAUCAGACGCUUGUCCUGCAGGAGUCACAGCUGACCUGCAUGUAUCACUUCAUCAAGAGCGCCGAUCUCGCUGCCUUCUCCCAGUAUCCCACUGAAGUGCUCAUCUAUUACAACUACUCGAUGGUCGACAGAUCUCUUUGCCGCUCGUAUUUCUCAUCUCUGGGCACGGCCAACUUCUCUGUUCUGUCCAGUACACUGUCCUCCAACAAGCAGACUCUGUUCAACAAUGCCAGGGACUGUCUGGGAAUCUCAGGUUUCAGGAUCAGUCGGGAUCAGCUGGAUGUUUUGGGCAGCAUGUGCUGUUUUCUGAGCGGCGAGUACAUCCAGAGCUCAGACCCGUAUGUGCUGGAGAAGCUCAAGCCGUGUGUGGAUCUAUCAGCUCAGCAGAUCUCUGCGCUGGAGAGCGUCCUGCUGGGAGGAAACACCAGCUACGGACCCUCAGACAGCUGGAACAGAACCACGCUGGACAGCCUGGACCCCCUGCCGCUGUACCUCACCACCAACAUCUGGAGCAAGUUCACACAGGACAACAAGCAGAGGUUUCUGAAGACGUUCAUCCGUGACCUGAGGAAGAAUGAUAAAGCUUCAGAGAUGAAGAUCCUCAACAUGAUGAAUGAGGUCAACAAAAUCUCACGAGUCAAAAUCAAGAGAUCUGCUGAAACAGCAUGCACCGUGGGACAGAUUCUGCAGGCUCAGGUGUACAGCGACAUGUUUCCGUUUGCGUAUGAUGUGACGCAGUUUAACGCCUGCUUGAGCGUCCAAACGCUGAAGGACAACCUGGAGGCCGUGACUGACAGAGUUUACGACAGGAGCUACCAGCGGAUCAUUCUGGACAAACUCAACCAGGCGUAUCCGGGCGGACUGUCUGACGAGGUGCUGCAGGUUUUAGGCUCCGCCUCCCGUGCAGCCACACCUGAUGAUGUCAGAAAGUGGAAUGUGACAAAGAUCGACACGCUCUCGUCUCUGAUGAACCAACGCAACGGAGACUGGGACGCGGAGAUGGUACAGCUGCUGGUCAGUAAGUAUCUGAGUGUGAAUGGAAACGCUCUCGGCAGUAACGAGCUGAACGCUCUGGGAGGAACGAACCUGUGUGCGCUGAACACCAGUGUGCUGAUCAACAUCAGGGCCGCCAGCGUGGAGCGAGCUUCUGCUCUCUCUUUGACCAGCUGCAGCUCAGAGAAGAAGUCGAUUCUGUUCAGUAUCGCUCAGAACGCAUUCAACGCAACAAACACACGCAGUGCAAACCCCGUCAGCAUCGCGACAUACCAGCUGCUGCAGAACUACCUCGGCGGUGCUGAUGCGACGUUCAUUCGUACUCUUCUGAACUCCAGUGUGAACAUGGACGUGCUCACAUUCAUGAGUCUGAAGCAGAGCGUCAUCAACGUGCUGAUCGUGCCUGAGGUGAAGAGUCUGCUGGGUGUGAAUGUGGCUGAUCUGAAGAGGUAUGAAAGCGCGGCACAGAUUCAGGAGUGGAUCAGGCUUCAGCUGCAGGUGGAUCUGGACACGCUGCAGAUCGGUCUGACGGGGGGCAGGAACUCCACCCUCACAGAAAGCACCGUCAGCACCACCACUACAGCUAGCAGCAGCACCAAAGCACCGUCAGCCCAGACCAGCACCACAGCUGCUGGAUCCAGAGUCUGGUCACCUGUCUGUCUGCAGCUGCUCCUAUUGGCUGUUACCACGACGACACUGCAGCUGCUGCACUGAUGACAUCGUCAUCUCUGCACUUCCUGUCUUUCGGUCUGUCUCGUGUUUUUUCAUGAACUGACAUGAACUCUUGUCUGAAUCCCUCUGGAUUGCGUUGGUCACAUCUGACUCGUUCAUAUGACAUUAAAGAUUCAACAGUGAAGUGCUAAACCUCACAAACAUCUCAAUAAGUAAUAGUAAUAAAUACAAGGGUUCUUGUCUGCAUACAUGAGAGAGACUCCAAACUGUAACCAAUGUGAUAUAAAUCUGUGUUGAUUAAAGCGUAAGAUAAAUAAAUGCAUGCUUGUUAUCCAGGUCGUCAGUUUCACAUAUUUAAUUCUAUAUUACAAAUAUUCUCAUUCUCUCUUGUUAUGACUAGAUGAGUUGUAUUUGCUCCUGUGCACAUUCUUUCCUAUUCUUUAUUCACUCAGUAGAGUUCAGUGUGGUGUGUGUGAUGUGAGUUCCAGCACACACACAUUAUCUUCUCUGUUUGCACUGAGUGAUGCUGAGGAGCUGUGUUAUAGGGCAUCGUUUAUAAAGUGUGUGUACGCACAG